CCGAAGUGUGAGGGAAGGACAAGAUCGGCCAGCUGUGCUCAAGAUAGCGAACGGUUGUCCCCACGGCGCACCGGUGCGGACCUCUCGGUGUUUGUCGGCUGUGUUAUUCCCUCGGGCUAGUAGCAUGUCAGUGCGCCGGCUCUGGCUUGAGCAGGCGGUGAAAUCGUGAGUGUGCGUGCGUGAAACCGGAGGAUAGCGAGAAGAGCGACAGCUACGCGCGCGCGAGGAAGCGGCGGCGACAUGUCGACGGGCAAGCGGCUGGCGAAGCGCUCGAUCCUGGGCACGCGUGUGUGCGCCCCUACGGCAGACGGCAACCACAUGCCUGGUGUUAUUCAGGCGACCAAAACGGACACUGACGACGAGAACAUCUACACUGUCAUGUUCGCCGACAAGACGACUGGCGAGUACCGCGGCGAAGAGCUCAUCGGGCCGGGCUUCCAGACCAUAGCGGGCCUCACUCUCAAGAGCGGCCAGCGCGUGUACGUGACGUUUAACGGCCGCGAAGUGUCCGGCGUCGUGCUGGAGCACGACGCCGUGCGCGACGACGUGGUCAUCAGCAUCCAGCCGUCGCAGCACAACCAGCACAUCACGCAGACGGUCCACAAGCGCCUGGAAGAGGUGCGACUCUUGGAGAGCCGCAAAUCAGCUCGCCUACAGGACUUGGACACGGACUAUUCGCGGCUUGCCGAAGGUCAGGGCGAGCUCCGGCGGCGAGCCUCUUCACUCAGCAUCGAUGUGCCGCCUUCCAUAAACGGCCGCAAGAGGCGGCCCAGCGCCAGCGAGGACGCGGACACCAUGGACGACUGCAUGGCCGCCAUGGUGCUCAUGCGACUCUCGUGCAGCCCAAAGUCGCCGAGGGUGCCCUCCGACGCCCCUGGCACACCAUCAUGGACAAGCUCAAGUUCCGGUGCCUCGAGCUGGGAAAGUGGCCAGUCACCUCCACGGACUGGAACCCCAUCUCCCCCAGCAGGCCUGGCUGCGGCAGAUGCACACACCUUCUGGCGCAUGUCACCCACCCAGGAUGAGGGUGUUGACUUUGCUGAGAACCUUGGCUCGUCUGUUGAAUCUGGCUGUGCAAAGAGAAAGCGGGUGCUGUACAAGUGUAUGUGGAAGGAGUGUGGUGAACGGUUCUCCACCUGCAAGGACGUUGAGAGGCAUGUUCGUGUGAAGCAUCUUGGGCGUGGUGAUGAGAGCGAGGACUCUGCAUCAAGUGACCAUGAGGAAGAGUUCUACUACACAGAAAGUGAGGAGGAUGAUGACCUGGAGAGCGACUCUGGCAGCACCCUUCUUGGAGAGCAUGGCGAAUGUACGCACAAUGUGUACACUUCUGCACCCACCCUCAGUCAUCUUGAUAUGGCGAGGCCACCACACGAGGACCCUCAGUACCAGAUGCUCGCAAGGAGCGCUGUUCCUGCAUCCCCGCCCAACCUGUCAUCAGCAUCACCUAUCAACAUUCCCACAGUGCAGCGAUCUUUCACAUGGCAGCCACACGUCAGUGCACCAACAACUAUGGUUUCGCCCCAAAAAUUCAUGCGUCUGAGCCCCAAGACCCUGUCUGCCUCACCAAAAAGCUCGCCACUUCACCGGAGGGUACGCUCUGAAAGCCGCAAGUGCCGCAAGGUCCACGGCAUGGAGAACAAGGACAUGUGGUGCACCCAGUGCAAGUGGAAGAAGGCCUGCAGCCGCUAUGUUGACUGAGCGCUCCCACUCCUCCCACUUCUUCCCUUUUCGUUUUUACCACUACUCACAGUGUAACCGCUGUCAUAAUCGUGGCACAUCCAAACUUGUUCAUCUCACAGUGUGUGUUGUUGCAUUAAGCUGCGCUGCAGGCUGCUUACUGACAAGCUCCACUGUAAUCUAAGAAUGAAGAAAAACCUUGCCAGAUGGGAAAGGUUUGGUUUAACAUGCACAGCUUUUACAUGCUAGUAUGAAGGAGCUAUUUGCUAUGUUCAAACAGUCAUUUAGGAUCCCUUGCUUGAAAAAUCCUUGUGAAUGUAAAAUCUUCUGUGCAUCCUUAACUAGCAACCAGCAAGCACCUUGUAGUUACUUUGACUGUUUCCAGUCAUGCCACCAUUGUCAGAAUUUCUAAGAGCUGAAACAUAUGAUCGGACAGAAGUAAGAUGAAAUUAUUUCAUAGAGUACAAUUAGUUCUUUGUCAGCAAUGCAAAUUAGACAAAAAGGAUGUCACGAUCGUCGGGGAAUUUGAGAGGUCUGGCAAGGAUAAGUUUAUGCAAGCCAAUAUUUGAAGAAAACAUGGCUGCUGAGCUUGGCUGACAACACAUUCCUCCUUUAAGCUUGUGACAUCAGGAGGAAAGCUUGCUAAAGGUAUGGUGGUGGCAAAUUCUGCUUUUGCCAAUUUAUUUGUACAAAGUGUGUGGCCUGCAGUACUGUACAUAGUGUUUUCUUGACAUGCUGACAUGUGGCCAUCAUCAACUACAUAUUUCUCUAUUUGUAAUGUUAUUUCCCAGAUGACCACCCUUUCAUAAUGAAAAACAUUGAGAGGUGCCACUGGCUGAUUUAUUCAUAGCUGCUAUCUCAUGCCCACUGUGAGAACUGAUUUACAAAUGCCUACAUCGCCAGCAGAAGCGGAUUGGUCAUCGACCACAGCAUUGGCCCAGUGUUGCUACCAAUGCUCACAGAGCAUGAAAAAAUUUAAACGAAGUUCUGUUCCAUUUCGCUUUCUUGUAGUAAUAAUGUCUACAAGCUGAGGAUAUUCUUUCACUGUAAAAUGAGUUGACUUGGAGCUGCAUUUGUCAGACUUAAUUGCACCGCUGUAUUUGCACUGAUUAUGCCUGCAUAUCCCAAGCAGUACUGGAGCAGAUGAGUUGAAAUUUGUUUUGCUGACAGUGUUUGUUGAGGUGAGGCGUGUUUGUUGUAGGGGUGCUGCUUUGAGCUCACAGACUUUUUCUCACUUGCAAUUUGUCUCACUUGUGCCUUGCAUUAUGAAGUGUCUGAAAGCAAGAGGUGACUGAGUACAUAGUCAUGCAAAGCACAGGCACUUGUGAAGCAAAUAGAAACAAAAGCCAGAAUCGACAUAAACCACUUGAUUACUCAAGGCAGGCUCUUGCAAGUUAUUAGAGAUAUCCAGAAUAGUGAGGACACACUAGCACAAAUGCAUACUGCAGUAGCAAAGAACAAUUCCAACAACAGUAGCACUGGUGGCAUCAUCUUGCGACACUGUGAUCAACCAUAACACCCUCGAAACAUUAUUCUGUUGUAUGAAUGAGUCUUCGAAAAAGAAAAUGCACAAAAAUAUCUUUGUGAUAAUUACAUUAUUGGCGAUACAUAUAUGUCCGCAGAUAAGAGGAAUGCAAUCGAUCAUUGCAAAAACUGGCACUUUCACGGAAAUUAAAAAUUAAAUUCUGAGGAUUUGCGUGCCAAAAGCACAAUCUGGUUAUGAGGCACAUUGUAGUGGAUGACUCCGCCUUAAUUUUGACCACCUGGGGAUCUUCAAGGUGCCCCCAGUGCAUGAGACACGGGUGUUCUUGCAUUUUGCCCCCAUCGAAAUGUGGCUGCGGUGGCUGGCAUUUGAUCCCGCGAUCUCGUGCUUAGCAGUGCAAUGCUAUAACCAUUAAGUCACCACAACGGGUGCUUUCACCAAAAGGGCAAAGCAUUUACAGCAACAGCGAAGUUUAGCACUGCGCUUGAGUGCCUCAGACAGUGUUCUAGCAAUAGGCAAAGCGACAUGUUGGUGCGAUGCAGCUUGCGAGGCAACUGCUGCUGCACAGCAGAAACAGUGCCCUGGCAGCUACCGGCCAUUUCAUAAUGUUGGCGUGAUGUGGAGCACUGCCAGUGGCAUCGCAGGCAUGUUGCACCUCAAUGGUGGACGAAAUAAGGCUGAAGGAAAACCAUCGGCAUUCGUAGAUUAAAGUUUACAGUUUGUUCCGCUCAAACCACUGUAUGCACACAGCUGCACAGCAAAAGUGCUAAUGUUUUGGGUGCACAGCCCUCGUGUCAGCAGCAGAAGGCGGAUUGCUACCGUGGCUUUGCUGCAAAGCCAGUUGAGCAGAGCAGUUGUGCAUCCAAUUGGCUUCGUCGUUGUUGCUGCCAAAUGCACUGCGCGUCUGUCGCUUCUCUGGAGACCUUGUAACCAGCCACACGCAUGCUGCACAUGUGCCGUCAAUGCCAUGACAGCAUGACAGUGGUGGUGGUGCAAGCGCACCUGAGGUAUCCGUAGAAUUGCUAUCAUAAUAAUACAAGUUCUCCAUGCCUUGGCGAGAUAAACACAGUGUCGCAAGACAUUGGUGCCAUUGUUGCUCCUUUGUAGUAGUCCAAUAUAUGUUCAUGUAUGCUAGUGUGUGUCUGCUAUGGUAAAGAUGUCUCCUGGAUGACAAACUUAAGCUGAACUGUCAACAUGUUUUGCUUAAGAGAUUCCAAGCCAAGCCUUACUUCAGGUUUACAACCAGAAACCUGUAGUAGUGAAAUUCGACACAGUUGUGAAAUUAGAGUCUUGGCUUCUUGUGCUAGCCUACAAUGUGCUCAAGACGUGUGUGUGUUGCAUAGACAUGUGCAAAGGAAUGCACGUUUGUGCACCACUUAGUUUACAAGCAUCGUCAUCUUGUGCCACAAGAAACAAGUUUUUAACUGUUUAUUUCUCAUCACUCCCAUACCACUCAGAAUCCUCAUUUUGGUGCAGAAGCUGAAACAAAAGCAUGCCAGCUGCCUCUUGGGGCAAAUCAGAACCUAAGGUGAAAUGCAGUGAACUCAAGAGAGUAGGCAGAAGCCGCCCAAGUGUGCCAAUAGCGUCUGGUCAGAGGAACUGCGAAAGCCUUGAACCAAUUUGCUGUCAUGAGGAGCUGGCAAGGCACUGUGAGAUGGCCUGGACAAGGCUUGCACAAGCUGCAACCUCAUAAAAGAUCAGCCAGUGGUGUUUGUACUUGGAAGUGGAAACCACAUGGAGCAAGUUUCAAACAUGUUUUCCACGAGGCAUUGCCAUAUCUAUCUUAUGCCACAUGAUAACUGCACUGUUAUCACUGCCUAAAUGCCUACCAUGGAAUAUCGCCUUUUUUUCGGCAACCAUAUGUAAUGCAUUCCAACUGGAAUUGCAUCGUGGUAAUCACCAGGUGUGAAAUAGCCAUGCUGAAACUAGGCAGCGCCAUGCCCUAAAUGUGUUGUAAACAUUCUCGUGUGGUUGCUGCUUAACACAGGCGCAAAGUGUACGUGUGUGAGAAAGAUGCACUUUGUACACUCAAAGUGUCGAAUUGCAACAUACGUACAAUGAAUGAGGCUUAUCUGUUUGUCUGAGCACUUGUUUUAUUUACAUUGCUUGGUAUCCUUGCUAAGCCCUGUCCAGGUCAUCUUGAGCUGCUUCUGUGUUACCAUGUGCAGUGGAGCUGUAGCAACUUGGCAGGGUCACUGGGACUGAAGUGUGCCUUGCCUGGUAGUCAAACAGCCAACAGCAAUCAUAACCCCAGAACAACAGCUGUGGGUUGACAAAAACACUUGGAAUCUCGGGUGCGUGCCGCUCCACUCAGUAGAGUGUGCAACACCUUGCCUCAUAGUCCACGUGAAUGCCAUCCAGCAUGUCAUUUGAUACGUUUGCCCAAGUGCUACAUUGAAUCAAAAUUUGUCAGUGUUCGUAUGUAGUUGAUUUCGCUUUAAUUUUCCAGAAAAAUGAAAGCUUAUUGUGGAUAAAUGAAUUUUCAAUAUGAGUGCCAUAACACGUCUUUGUACGCAGUGGUAUGAGCAAGACUGCCCUGACACUAAUCAUAGAAGCUGUGGCUCUCGAUGCACUGCAGUCAUCUUGAAACAAUAAUUGAAAACAGCUUGCUUCAUUUUGUUUCAAAUGACUACAUUUCAAGUGACUGAAACGUACAUCACAGUGCUUCUUUAAGGCCUUAAAAUGUUGAGCACUAGUAUAACCAAUUAGUGAGUUGUUCUCUUCUGGCGGCAUGCUGUCAAAAAUAAAAAAAUUUGGAGGGUGCUUAAGUUUCGCCUUUGAGAGUGGAAUGUGAUAGCAUUCAAAAAUCCCUGACUGCUCCUCAUGCUUCUGAGCAACUGCAGCUUAUACGUAACCGUAAUGUUUACCGGGAAAUGUUGGUGCCGAAAUGCAUGAAGGCGAGCUUUCUGGUAGAAAUGUGGCCUCUUGCAUGGGCCAAUCUUCUGUUAUUGUUUCGCACUUUUGAUAUUUCAGUCUGAGAAGAUUUAACAUAAAAGGCAUGCACUGUCGUUGUUUUGUUUCACGGCAUUUGUUUAUGGGCUGCCAUUCUCAAAAUUCUGAGGAAUAACUGUGUAAAGAAUUUAAGACAAGAUAUGAGCAACUUUAGUGAUAGAACAACUUUAGUGCCGUAUAAAAUAUGCGUGGUUCGGGAUGAUUAUCUGGUCUGCUGACGCCGAUGCUUACGUGGACAUUAGAUUUUCUGCGGCACGGAGCCCUUAAUGCUAUCGCAUUAAAACUGAAACAUGGACAUUGGUUGAGAAACAUACAUUGCAGGAAAGUUGUCUGGGGAAGGGAGACUGCUGUAGCCAAUAAAACACACAGCAUCUUGCUUGGGUUAGAAAGACUAGUUUUGCUAUACGGCCAAGAAGAUGGACCUCCUGUCCCUUUUCUGGAAGCAGACUAAAGCACAAUAUGCUUUUUACUAAAUCACUGUCAAUGUUCAAAUGUCAUUGUAUGUAUCCGUUUCCAUCUUGCCAUCACCUUACAGUCACCGUGUUGGCAUUACGUAGUUGGUGGCUUUGCGACACUAAUGCAAAAACGAUUGCUUGGAUCCACGACGAGAAUGUGUAUCUAAGCAACUGCUGCUGCUUUUGUGUGACAAAGCUGUCAACGAUACAUUUUUGAAGAUUGUAUAGCCCAACUUGUUACCCAUUGUGCCAGUGUCCUUACACAGCUUACACUACAGAACAUGUAAAAUUCAGCAGUGAAGUAUGUCAUAUUGUCAUGCUUUAAAAGACUUUCAUGUUGAAAUAGCUGACUUGGUGCACAUAAAAAUCUGUGGCAGGAUUGUCAUUCUGACGUGACUGGUGGCAUUCCAGUGUACUGUGAUCGCAUACUGAAUGGUCUCACAGAAGGAUGUCAUAGUGUGUUGUCUGUACUGUCCUGUGCCUCGGUGUGUACAUGUAGAAGAGAACCGCUAUUGAAAUGGAUGAAGAUAACCGGUGCCAGAUUUGUAGGGUUAGUCCGCCAGUAAGCUGGACAGUCGUGUGGAGCUGAUUAAUCAAUUGCUGUCUUGACACAAUCAUGCAGCAAUGUCUGAUGCAUGCAGAAGGUAUGAAAAUAGCAUUGACUUUUGCUCAUGGGGGUACCCUGUCACUUGGACAGGAGGAAAAAUAGCUGUUGACUGGCACAAACUGCACAGUUUUUUACCCUGCCAAAAACAGUCAGAUGCAAGCAAAUGUUACUUUACAAUGAGGAAUUGGUGCACUCAUGUAUCAUAUUGUGGAGCGAUUGCUUUUAGCAGUAUUUUCACUUCACUUAAUCCUUUAGCUCCCAGGCCCGAGCUGCACUCAACCUAGCAGAUUGUACCGACAUUGCCAAAGACGAAUACUGCUCGUCCGGGCUGCACUUCAAAUAUCUUACUCUUUUGAGCACAGUGAUUUAUGAAGGAUAAGGUAUACCAAAAUUUACUUCACAAACCAGGCAUCAGCAAUACGAUAACACCUGUUUUUAGUCUUUUGUAGCAUACAUAAAUGCACUGUAAAUCUUUAAUAGGCACAUUGUUUUCGCAACAGCUUGCAGCUUUGUGCAGUCAGCAGCUGCCACAGUUCAUUGAGACCCACUCUGAAAUGCUGUGCAAGACUUAUAAGCAUGCAAUACGUCUUUGCAAUAUCUCCAUGGCUUUUGUCAUGUAAACUGUUUGUUGAUUGCAGGCUUGCGAGAUAGUUUUUUCUUCUGUGCUGAAAAUCGGAGUGGUAGCGUGUAAUCCAGCAUGCUUGGUUCUCAGUUCUCGAUGAUCUGUGUGCAGGUUUGUUCUUGUUGGCUUUGACAGGAUAGCUGUUUUAGAGUGGAACUGUUGUGGUGGUCUGUUCAGACAACCAGCCGUGGUGCAUCAGACAGAUGUUGCAUGAGAACAUAGGAGAAUUGUGUUGGUUGCCAUGCUAGGAGCACAAAACAGGUCAGGAGUAGCUUCGACACUCAGUGGAGCAAAAGACAUGGUGCCUUGAAAAGGUUACAGAAAAAAAAAAAGACUUGUUAAGGAAAUGGCACUGUGCUAUACUUCUGUAUAUAACUGCAAUAUUGAUGUUGUUGAAGUGCAUAUUUUAUGACAAAGUGUACACAUGAAUGUUCUGUCAUAACAGCAGGGCAGUCACAGAUGUUUCUUUUUUUAUAUAUGCAUAUAAAUAUUUGCUGUAUGUCGGAAGAGCAAAAAGAAAAAAAAAACAUCUUUUUGUAUCUUGAAUAAGAUAUAUAUAUAUCUGUAUACAAACUAAUGUUCAUAAUGUACAUAGUACCGUUUGUGUAGUGUUUCACAAGACUGCGAAGAGUAAAAAAAAGUAAGAAAAAAUAAAGGUUGCUUGUAAAUUAUGUAAAAAGGAUAAAACAUAAAUUAUUCAUGGAUAACAUGGAACCCAACCAAACAUACAGGAAAGCCCAGUGGUACUUUGAGUAAAAUCCAGUCAGAGAACUGUGUACUUAUAAGCUGUACAUAACCAAGUUUACUCAAGCCAACGUCCUGCCUUGUACAUAUACUUUCAGAGAAUAUAUAUGCAGCUGCGUAGAGGAAUAUGGUUGGCACAGCAAUUCCGAUCUCCAGGAGUUAGGCCUGCUAAUAGAGUUGGCUAUGAUACCGAUGCAUGUCAAAUAUGCAAUUUUUCAGAGUUUUCAGUGCUCAAGAAAUUAAUAAGCUUUCCGAGUAGUAGUCCCAGUUUUCUUGGACUCCUAAUGAUUUAAAUUUUUGUCCUGUGCCUGUGUUCCUUCUCGAGAUGACAUUGUAACGAUAUAAAGGCCAUGGAACCAUUAGCACAGGGAGUGACAUGGCAACAAGGAUUGUAGUACCAUUUAAAUUAAUAUAUUUGCAACUUCAGCAGUCCACUCUUUAGAGCUUAGUGUUCUUUCUCCUUUAUUUUCACAAUGAAAAAUAAUAACGUGAUAAUUUGUGUCAGAAUUGCAACUACUGUACAUGGCUAUGCACCCGCCCUGGGAAUAAAUCAGCUCACUCCUCAGUUCAACUGGCAGAGUAUUUGAUGGCACAUACUAGAGUGUUUUAGUUCAGUGUUUUUUGGCUCAGUGUUAGCUCUGCUUGGCCUAUGCGUGUCAGCUGUGAAUAGUGGAUCACUCUGCCUGCAACUGAUACAGCUAGCCUGCAGAUUUUGUUUUGAUUGAGUAUUUAUCCAAAGUUUAUUGGCAAGCACGAUUAGCCCAACUGAAAUGACAAGAGGGCGAAGGUUGUCAUCAGUUUUACUAGAUCAUACGGUCAGACUACAGAUUCCACCUUUCACGAUUCCUUUCAGUUGCGUGCUGCAUCCGUUGAGCUAAUUCUGCUGCACAUACCGUCACGUAGCAGACAAUUUAAAGUGGCCAUUUGCAGCUUGGCUGCCAGGAUUGGUGGAGCGUACGACCAAUCACCAUUGCUUUCUGCAUGGCAUUGUGGACUAUUAAGUUUGCCUGGCUGGCACAGAAGGCAACGAAAGGAGUCACAUGCAAUGCAGCGAUUAAGUGACUGAUACAGUAAUCAAGAACUUUUUUUCUUUUCAUUUCACUGGCCUUCUGCUUUGCCAGCAUCCUCCCCUCUCUGAAACACUGGGAUUUAGCAGCCAGAAAAUGUACAUGGCUGAACACGUGGCAAAAAACGCAGCCAAAACACUCUAGUCAUGAUUCCUGUUGGGAACCGAUAGCUUCUGUGAAUUAGCAUCAAUAGCUAUGUGCCUGUUGCGCAAUUCUGGGUCGUAGACCUAGAGUUGGCAGGGGAUGUGAUGAUAUGAAGAACGAAAUCUUAAACAAAAAAUUACCAGAUUAACACUCCAUGCACAAUGAAACGCUCCCACUAUGUCGACAGGGGUGUUUUUUGAUCAGCAAGAUUCUCUUGCAGUGCUUGUAAAUUCUUUCUUAAGCAAUUUACCUAUUAGCAUUAUUAGAAAAGUGGCAAGCAGCAGCAAACUGUUGCAAGUAACCGUUGUAGAAUUUUUCCAUAUUAAACUAUGCGAAGAGAAUAAAAGAGAGAAAAAAGACAGAAGGCAAAAAAUGUGCACCCAUGAUCGUACCAUUGCAAUGUUAGCUCAAGGAAUGUUGGUGUAGGCAGCAAGCAUACUAUAACAGUUAAGGCUGUCAUCAGCAAUUUGGCAGUGAGCAAAGGAGAAAGCCUCGAAAGGUUUUGACUGGCACUUGGGUACAACACAAGACAUGUGCGACUGUAUUAGAUACAAACCCGAGCUCAAAGGAACAGAUAUGAAAGUCUCGAUGCAACGCCCAGGUUUGUAUUCUUUCAACGAGCCACAUUAUGUGGCCCUCUACCUACACGUUUUGGUUCAUAAAUUAAUGCUGGUGUUGUUUUGUUGCUAUUACCUACAAGUCUGUGUUGCGUGUGCUAAACUUGCCCACUUGCUUCAUCUUGCACUAUACUAAGAAACGGUGAGCGUGUAGUUGCAAUACCUUGUGUAGUACCGAGAUGUGUCCAAGUUACUGUGUGCACAACGUGUCAUUACAUACUCCUUGCAUGUCAUUGACCCCAUGCUAUGUGCAAGAAAAAAAAAAAAAAACUGUACAUACGACAAACAUUAUCACCUGUUUCUUCCAGUCUACUUGUUUUGACUGUAUUGUGAAAUGGAAACGUAUCUAUUUCAACCUAAAUUUUUUUUUCUCUCAAAGUUUAAAUAAAUGUCUUCUUAAGUAUACUGACAA